UACCCCUGAUAUAAAUCCCAAAUCCUUAUUUGGCAGAAAGAGAUCUUCUUUCUGAGGAUAAACACUUUUGAGUAUAGGAUUUUUACCGUCUUCUCUCUGUUCUUGUUCUUGCAUGUUUGAAGUUGUAGAAGUUUGAGGUGUCUUCUUGCAAGAGAGCUAGCCUUGCUUUGCACUGCAUCUGCAUGGUUUGGAGGGUAUAGAUAGAAGAAGAGAAGGGAUCAUGAAGAAGAAGAGUGUGGAGGAGGAAGAAAAGGAAGAGGACUGGUGCUUUUGCUGCUAUGAUGGUGGAAAUCUUAUGAUCUGCGACCACCAGGGUUGCUUAAAAGUGUAUCAUCCAGGAUGCGUGGGAAAAAAGAAAAACUCCAUGCACUCUGGAAAGCGCUGGACUUGCAGUAGGCAUUCUUGUGUAGUAUGCUCUGGUACUUCAAUGUUUUAUUGCCUUUGUUGUCCACAUGCGUUAUGUAGAGAUUGUGUGGAUGCUUCUGAACUCUCACUACUAAGUGGGAAGAAUGGCUUGUGCAAGAGCUGUGUAAAACGGAUUCUGCUAGCAGAACAAAACUCAGAGAAAAUAGACUUGGAGGAUCAAGAUGAAUGGCUAUUUAAAGAAUAUUGGGAGAUUGUCAAGGAAAAAGAAGGAUUGACUUCAGGUGAUGUUUAUUCAGCAAAUGCCGAUUUGAAGAAGAGAGAAAAUCAAAGUUCCAGAGUUUCGCCAGUAAUUAUUAGUGACAGUGAUGAAAGUAAGGACUUAAUGUCAGAUAGCGACACUAGUGGCACUGGUGUUACAGAAAUUCCAAAGCCAAUGACAAUGAGGAAGGCAUCUAAGCGGCUGGUGUUUAUAGGAUGGGGUUCUGAACCUCUCAUCAAGUUCCUAAAAUCCAUUGGGAAGGAUACAACCGAAAAGUUAUCUCAGCUUGAUUUGGAUAAAAUUAUCUACGACUACAUCAGAGAUAAUGAGCUUUAUGACACCAAAAACAAGAGAAAAGCUCUAUGUGAUCAAAGUCUGCAAUCCAUUUUCAGAACAAAAUCUGUACUCUUACAAAAGAUAUAUGGUCUUCUAUGGGAACAUCUUGCUGAGAACGUAACACAGGAUAGCGAAAGCGAGGAUGAAGAUGAAAUCAAAUUGUUAGAUAAGAACAAAGGUACUGCACAUGACCACAAGAAGAGAAAAGUGAGCUCUGAUACAACCAUAGAAUCUGAUGAACAGAAAGCGAGUCAUAGAUUCCAAAAGAGCUGUUUCGCAGCUAUUGUUCCUGAGAAUAUGAAGCUUGUUUACAUAAAGAAGAGCUUAUUGGAGAAGUUACUGAAGGAGCCUGACCAUUCGGAAAGCAAGAUACUGGGGAGUUUUGUAAGAGUGAAAAAUGAUCCCCUAGACUACCUACAGAGAAGUACUCACCAACUUUCACAAGUUAAAGGCAUAAAGGAAAUCUUAGCAACCAAUGGUGAGGGCAAUAAAAUUCUACUGCAAGUUUCCUAUUUUGUAAAAGAUAUUCCCCUUUCUCUGCUUUCAGAUUCAGACUUCAGUCAGGAAGAGUGUGAAGAUUUGUGCCAAAACAUGGCAAAUGGCCGUCUAAAGAAACCUACUGUUGUUGAGCUCGAAAAGAAGGCAAGAGAACUACAUCAGGACAUAACUAAGCAUUGGAUUGAAAAGCAGUUGGUGAGAUUGCAGAAUUGGGUUGAUCGGGCAAAUGAGAAAGGAUGGAGAACAGAGCUAUAUGAAUAUCUUGACCAGAGAGAGCUACUAAAGAAACCAUCUGAACAGGAGCGGCUAUUAAAGCAGAUGCCAGAAGUCAUUGCUGAGAUUACAGAUCUUGAAUCUGGUUUUUCAGAUUCAUUGGUGAUGAACAAGGCUUGAAGUGUUGGCUUAAUCUUUAUUGUUGUAGUGGAGAUGCUACUGAUGUGGUGAAUGUGGCUGCAAGUUAUCUUUUGG